AUGAUCCGUCUCCCCUCGAAACGCUUCUUGUCAAUCCGUCGCCCAUCUCCGCCGUCUCCCCCGUUGAUUCGCAUCGAAAAUGCCACCUUCUACCGCAAUCAUCCCGACUCUCACCCCGAAGGCGAAGCAAACCCCCCGAUCUACCCUAAUCUCAACUUCACCCUCCCCGCAACGUCGACCCGCAGCCAGCACUGGGCAAUCCUAAGUCCGUCAUCUGCCAAUCGUACCGCCUUCCUCCAGGUCCUGCGCGGACACUAUCUCAGCGUCCCUGCUUCCGCCCGCUCGUACCCCUACCUGCAGACCCGCGAGAUUGCAAAUAAAGAUCCCCGCCUGCGUAACCCCACCAAUGCCAUCAAGUACGUCGGCAUGGACGCCGAGCGCGGCGGCCUGUCCAGCGUCAGCACCAAAGGCGCCUACAUGAGCGCACGUUACGAGAGCAUGCGCGAGGUGACCGACUGGAGCGUGCGCGACUACCUCAUGGGCAACACCGAGCUCAACGCCGACGAGACCUUGGCCGUCAAGCCGCCCGAGGAAAUGGUCGAGCGAGUGAUGAACGGUUUGAACCUGACCACCCUCCAGAACAUGCCCGUCAGCCAUCUCAGCAACGGCCAGACCCGGAGAGCCCGUAUCGCCAAGGCCCUGCUCGACCGUCCGGAACUUUUGCUGCUGGACGGCCCGUUCAUGGGCUUGGAUCCGCACACGCUGCAGUACUUGUCCGGCCUUCUUCACCGGAUAGCCGCGACGCGGGAGCCGCGGAUGGUGCUGUCGCUGCGGCCGCAGGAUGUCAUUCCGGAUUGGAUCACGAACUUUGUCGUUGUCGGCGAUCAUCCAAAGGUCAGCGUGAUUGGUGACCGUCAGGAGGUCUUUGAAUUUCUGCGGAUGCACCGUCCGAUGGGGCAGAAGGGACCCAAGGUUGUAGAUCCGCUCGACGACACGCGGGCGUUGUCUGAGAUUGCGCAGAAGAUGGCGGAAAAGGGAGAUUUUGAUGGACCCACUGUCACGCGUAAAGCCGCGAGAGAUACCUUCACCGAGGAGAUCCCUCUUGGUGACCCCGUCGUCCAGAUGGGAGGCGUGCAGAUCCGGUACAACGACAGUGCGACACCGGUGCUGGGCGACUGGGAAGGCGGGCUUCGGUGGGAGGUCAGGAAAGGACAGCGCUGGGGAGUUUUUGGGCCAAACGGAUCCGGCAAAACCACCCUCCUCGCCCUCAUCACCUCCGAUCAUCCGCAGGCCUACUCCGCACCGGUCAAGCUCUUCGGGCGCUCCCGCCUCCCCACCCCCGGCUCCCCCGGCAUCUCCAUCUUCGAGGUGCAAUCCAAGAUGGGCCACUCCAGCCCCGAAGUGCAUACCUACUUCCCCAAGCACCUGACGGUACGGCGCGCUCUGCAGUCGGCCUGGGCCGACACCCCCGUGACCAAGCCGCGGCUCGACGCCGCCGCCGAGCAAAAAGUCGACGCCUGUCUGCGCUGGUUCCGCGCGGAGCUGUGGCCCGAAGCCGAGGGCGACUCGCUCGACUGGGCCGACACGCAGCGCUUCCGCGACCUGGCCUUCAGUGCGCAGCGCCUAGCGCUCUUCCUGCGCGCCAUCAUCAAGUCGCCCGACCUCGUCAUCCUCGACGAGGCCUUCUCCGGCAUGGACGAGCCCGCGCGCGACAAGUGUCUGCGCUUCCUGCACCACGGCGACGGCGUCUACUUGCACGGUCUUACCCCCGACCAGGCCCUUAUUGUUGUCGCGCACGACCACGCCGAGGUCCCGCACUGCGUCCGCGAGUUCAUCACCCUGCCUGAGGCGGGCGCUGGCGUGGCGCCGCGCGUGGGUAGGCUGGAUGGGCCGUUGGCUGCGGAUAGGCGGCGCUGGAGCCAGGUCUGGGGGACUGAGGGUGUGUAGGUAUGUAGAUAUUGAGAUGUUUGGAUGUUUGGAUUGUAUGCAUUAUUGCUUGCCCCUAUGCGUCCGGGCUGUCCGUGUCCGUGUUUUCUUCCUUUGGCAGGCUGGUUUGCUGAAUUACUGUAAACCUGUGGAUCUUCAUAGUUGUGUGAAUAGUCAAGAUACGUAGAGGGUUGAAAGGAUCUUUGUUUCCUUAUAUCCCCUUUACAGUAAGUAAACAAAUGUCUUUAUGUCCGCUCGCUUGCUGCGUAUUUCUUUUAGCUUUACUCUUGCUUGUACCCCCGUCCUGAAUUACUCCUUGGUUCCUGAAGUAUGCGUCGGCGGGCUAUACGGAGGUCUGUAGAAGGAAGACGAAAUACUGCUGGGUAUGAUGUGAGGUGAUAGUGUAUGGAGG